ACUGCGCAGUCGCGGUGUCAUGUAAACAGCAGAGGUUCGUGAGCUAGCUAACCAGCUACAUAGAUGUUAGGGCGUUGAUACCGGCGAUAUUGUUCAAAUGUAGCUUUCAAUCAAUAUAUUUGUCUUUCUUCACCACACAUCGCAUUGUCUAGCAGGAUAAUCUGACCUGUGAGACCCUUAUCUACACCGAGGAUACCUCCUUUUGUUGUUUUGAUCAGUGAUACGAGAAGGCUAACGUUACUGUAGCUAGCAAGUUAACGUUAGACAGCAUAGUUUGGGUCCUUGCAACGUUGAGCUUCAAAGCUCGAAUGUAAGGGCGGGUUUCUUUCUCUUACAUUGUUUACAUGUUAGCUAACUUUAGAUAGAUAUCAACCUAACGUGACCUAAUUGCUAGCUUAGUUAUAGUCUAUAUAUAGUCUGUCAACUAUAGUUUUGCUAGCCAUGAUUUGACUUCGAAAACAGCAGGUAUACCAUUGUGAUAUUAUUGAUUUGGUGCUUUGACAGUUUGGUCGUUUCUAGCUAAACAGCUUAGCUGGUAAUAAAGUAGUUCAAAUGUCAUGUUUGGGUGAGGUUGCCAAGUGUCUGUCCCUUUGUUAGUUAGCUAUAUAUUCGACACGCUGGUUUCAUGGCACUUAAAAUACCAACAUAAUGUAUUUUAGCAGGCUUGUAACAACUGUGUGGGACACUCGCUAGAUCGCUAAUUAAUUAGCUUGCUGGGCCGUAAACGUAAUCAAACUGUGAGGAGCCUAGGCCGAAAACAGGGACUGUGAAAAACAACUCGUCACUGCAGCCUAACGUUAUAUUGCCCACGACACGUAAACCAGCUGCAAGGCUUGUCAUUAGGACAAUACAAUCAAUACAUGUUAACUGAAAACAGGAAACGCCAGCGGAAUGGUGGGGAAGAGGAGAAUGGCCAGCUGGUGCCUAAGGCCAAACGGUUGAGCAGAGGAGCUAAUCCCCUCUCUCCUGAGCUGGGCCUGGAUGCCUGGGACUCGGAGUUGUCCAACAGUGAGAGCAGAGGGAUUAGCAGUCCGGACCAUGCGGUGGGGAGCAGCAGCAGUAGCCAGUGUGCUCUGGACAGCCUCAGUGGGGCCCAACCCUACGCCCCUGGCCCAUGUAGUCCCCUCAGCUCGGCUCUCUCCUCAGAGCUAGCUGACCCCACUAACCUGGUCUCGUACCAUCAAAUCAACCGCAUCCUACGAGAGGCCCACUUUGAGAGUCUGCAGUGCCGAGGCCACCCCAGAGAUGCAUGAUGAUUUCCCCCCAUUCCAGCCAUGCCUCUGGGGCAGGAGAGGACCGACCACAACCUGGGCAUGUCCGGAGCAUUACAUGGUGGAUCACUCACUCAGCUCUACUACCCCUCUACAUCUCCUGUUUCCAUAACAUCACAGCAGCUCUAUGCUGUCUGCAUAUCGUUGGAUGGAGACUAGCUAGUCCAGGCCUGCUGUAUUAUUGAAACUUGGCAAUCCGUUUAGAAUGUAAAAGAAACCUGUUCAUAUUGUUGGCAAUAAUAACUCUUUGAUCCAAUUGGGAAAAUCCUGACCUCUUUUUGUUGUUCCAGACCAGUCUGGGUUACAUGCUGCAUAGUACCAGUCUGGGUUACAUGCUGCAUAGUACCAGUCUGGGUUACAUGCUGCAUAGUACCAGUCUGGGUUACAUGCUGCAUAGUACCAGUCUGGGUUACAUGCUGCAUAGUACCAGUCUGGGUUACAUGCUGCAUAGUACCAGUCUGGGUUACAUGCUGCAUAGUACCAGUCUGGGUUACAUGCUGCAUAGUACCAGUCUGGGUUACAUGCUGCAUAGUACCAGUCUGGGUUACAUGCUGCAUAGUACCAGUCUGGGUUACAUGCUGCAUAGUACCAGUCUGGGUUACAUGCUGCAUAGUACCAGUCUGGGUUACAUGCUGCAUAGUACCAGUCUGGGUUACAUGCUGCAUAGUACCAGUCUGGGUUACAUGCUGCAUAGUACCAGUCUGGGUUACAUGCUGCAUAGUACCAGUCUGGGUUUGUACCAUUUUUUGAGAGAGAAAUUGGAGGGGCUGCAGGAACUUCAUGUCUGUACAGGGUUACUAGGGUUUGUGGUCUGUGUAGGGGUUGCUGGGGUUUUGGGUCUGUGUAGGGUUUACUGGGGUUUGGGUCUGUGUAGGGGUUACUGGGGUUUAGGGUCUGUGUAUGGUUUACUGGGGUUUAGGGUCUGUGUAGGGGUUACUGGGGUUUAGGGUCUGUGUAUGGUUUACUGGGGUUUAGGGUCUGUGUAGGGGUUACUGGGGUUUAGGGUCUGUAUGGUUUACUGGGGUUUAGGGUCUGUGUAGGGUUUACUGGGGUUUGGGUCUGUGUAUGGUUUACUGGGGUUUAGGGUAUGUGUAGGGGUUACUGGGGUUUAGGGUAUGUGUAGGGGUUACUGGGGUUUAGGGUAUGUGUAGGGGUUACUGGGGUUUAGGGUCUGUGUAGGGGUUACUGGAUUUGGGUAGUCAUAAACUGAAUGAAAUCUGCACUAUGAAGGUUACGGUGUACUGUACAUGAAUCAAUAACAGUGAAGAUUUGUUUGCUUCCGCACUGUACAGGGGGCUAACAAUCACCUACUUUAACUAUCCAGGGUUUUGUUUAUUAGGUACCAAAUGGACUGAAAAAGGGGAAUGAAUGAAGUUGUCCAUAAAGAUCAUUUGUUUAAAUUUUAUUUCACAAUGUUUUAUUACAGUGUGUCCUACUGAACAGUGCCCUACUGAACAGGACCACAGGUCAUAGUGCAACUUAAUCAGGAAAAUGUUCACCUACACCAGUAACGAAGAAGGGACCUUGGAUCUGACUGAGCUUGUAUAAAAAUGCACUGUAACCUCUGUUUUGUGACCUGUUUUUGUGGGGGUGCUUUGCACACAGCUUUACUACCCAAACACCUCUUAUCAAGAAGACCUUCCCUCAGCCCGGACUUGUUAAUAGUGUGGUUGAAGCCACUGAAACUGGCCUAGCUGCAAAACAAACACACUUGAAUCCAGCUGGAUGUUUACUGUGUGAUCCAGUCUGAAUCCAGCUGGAUGGUUGCUGUAUGAUCCAGUCUGAAUCCAGCUGGAUGGUUACUGUGUGAUCCAGUCUGAAUCCAGCUGGAUGGUUACUGUUUGAUCCAGUCUGAAUCCAGUUGGAUGUGUGAUCCAGUCUGAAUCCAGCUUGAUGGUUGCUGUAUGAAUCCAGCUGGAUGGUUGCUGUAUGAUCCAGUCUGAAUCCAGCUGGAUGGUUGCUGUAUGAUCCAGUCUCUGUGAACAUCCAGGUAUUUAAAGCACCGACCAUAAGGCUGUGUGUUUUCACAGGCCCCUUUCCCCCAAGUUGGAUUUGCUGUCCUCUUUGUGGGGGAGGAGCACAACUGUCCCUCUUUCAGUCAAGACUAAGUUUAGUGUUAUAUCAGAAAAUGUGGUUUAUUUUUAUCAUUAUUUUUUGUAUUAAGAAUUUCUACAUGACAUCUUACCUGCCAUUGAAAUUUUGGAUUUGAUUUAGUUUUUUUAAAUUCACCUACAUUUGAAAAUAAAGAUGUUUUGAAACAGG